UGUGCAUACACAUUUAAGCAGACACUUUGCCCAUUUCUCAGUAGUUUUUGAGAAUUGUAUAUUGAGAUUUAUAGAAAGCUGUAAGAAGAAAAUAUCGAGUUGAGAGACAUGAAUUGGUUAUCUCUUUGCGUGGCGGGUCUUCUCUGUGCCCUUCCCGCUGUGUAUUCGCAGGCGCUGACGGUUGGCUUCGAACAAUUGAACUACGCUGUUGCUAGUGGUGGCUCCGCUCAAGCAUGUGUGGCAGUACAGUCUGGGUCCAUUGCUGGCCGACAAAUCUCUGUAGGCUACUUCACAGUGCCUGGAACUGCUACUUCUCCUGCCGACUUUACUUCUACGAGUGGCGUUUUGUUAUUCAAUGCCCAAAACCCAGGGCCACUCUGCAUCACAGUCCCCAUUGUUAAUAAUGGCGACGGUGAAUUUUCUCUGUUCAUUUUCAACCAGCUCAACAAUCCCGAUUUGUCGGAGAGCCCAGGAAGUGCUACCAUCACUAUCACUGGGGGUGGGACAGGACCCACACCUGUAACGAUUGGGUUCCAAUUGUCUACCUACGGUGUGGUUGAGGGCGGUAACGUGUUGGUGUGUGCACAAGUGCAAAACAACCAACAGGUGGAUCGUGAAAUCAUAUUCUCCUUUUCCACUUCCCCCGGAUCAGCUACAGCAGGUGUUGACUACGACUCCUUCUCAGCUUCUUUGUCUUUCGGGUCAGGAAAUGACCAACAACUUAUGUGCAUGAAUGUGCAGACUAUAGAAGACACAUUUGUCGAGGGGGCGGAGUCUUUAUCUGUUGUCUUGGCAACCAGUGCAGCAGGAGUAACUUUGUCACCUGGGGCUGCGACUAUUACUAUCCAAGACAAUGAUGUUGGGUCUAACCCGUGUUCCAGCAACCCCUGUGAUAUUAACGCAGUCUGCACCCAAAUCGGGUCAACCAAUGGAUUCACAUGUGCUUGUCUACCUGGCUUUAUAGGAAAUGGAAAUACAUGCGUAUCAAACAACCCGUGUUCCAGCAACCCCUGUGACGUUAACGCAGUCUGCACCCAAAUCGGGUCAACCAAUGGAUUCACAUGUGCUUGUCGACCUGGCUUUAUAGGAAAUGGGAAUACAUGCGUUGCUAUGGGAGGUGGAGACGACCCACAUUUCAGUAUAAUCCUGCCCUCGGGCAAACUACUCUGUUUCACUGUACAAGGAGAACGCGAUUUUGCCUUCAACCUAAUCUCGACAGACCGUGUCGACAUCAACGCGCUCUUUGUUGCCGAUUCCGUCCGUGAAGAGGUCACCUGGAUGGGGGCACUGGGAAUUAUUGUACAGGGAGAGAAUUACUAUGGUGCCAAUAAGACUAGCCUACGAUUUGACGCUAAGACCAAGACCGUUUCCGUGGGAAACAAGCUCACACUCAAAGCCGCUGGAGUAGACACUCUGCAUUUCAAAAACGGGAAAUUGAUGAUAACGGAGAAAGGCCCCGAGGACAAAGGUAAUGAUCUUGAGCACCCAAGCGUGUGUGUCAAUUUGGAGGACGUUGGUCUUCAUUUUCAUGUGACCUUCUUUGGCGAGCAUCUGGACAUCUUUUGGAACAGCGUUACCAUCGACAACGAGGGCAACAAACAUGUUCAUGGUCUCGUAGGUCAGUUCUUCCGUGAUGGUGUGAAGAUCGAUACCGUUCGCAAGUUCCUCUUGCUGCCAAAAAUGGAGCCUGUUCCCAUUAUGCGUCGUCCUAUCUGGGGCUUCAUGGAGAGAAAGGUAGAGGAUGACCAGCUUUGCUGGACCGCCAUGAACGCCGGCUACCAGGGAGACGGGCUCAUUCAGGGGAAUUACCUCAACUAUCUCGUCGAUGAUGUGCUUGACGAUGGAUUUAUUUUCAAGAUGUAGAAGUAGACUGCAAUCACAUGACAGUUACAUUUUUGUAGAGAACUGCUGUAUUUUUUUAUCUCUAGCUAAUUACUUACUGACAAUCGUAUAAAUAAGUUUGUUAUAGUAUAGCUAGUGAUUAUUGCAUUUCACUUGAAUUUGUUUAUACGAUUUUGAGUGAACGCACGGUUGAUCAUUGUUGUUUCCUCCUUCA